ACUUUCAGUUUGCUUUUCUCCCUCUCAUCGAAUCCUCGUGCCGCAGUUCGCGUGUGUUUCAAAGAAUCUCGAUUUAUUAUCCGAUUUAUUGAAAUUUUCCACCAACGCGACGGCAGUGGCAAUCCCUCCAGAACGCCAAGUAAAUGUUAACGUUUCUCCGCCGCGCCGUAGUGUCCGUAGACUUGAAUCGCGGCGGAGCCAGUGCACUUUCGAAACUUCUUCGACGGUACUCUUCGGCGCAAUCCUGUGCUGUGGCUGCCGAAUCCCGACCUGCUGCCGGUUCCACAUUCCUCGCUCAAAUGGCCGAAGCUGUGGAGCAGAAGAUAACCGACGAUAAGGCUCGUCAUGAAGAACGCUACCGACAGAAGCGUCAACAGCAGGAGGGGAAGAGCCGUUAUAACGGAAUGGUGAAGAAGCGCAAAUGGGAAGAUCCCCCAGCGGAUCCGGAAGCAGUGCGGAACUUCGAUCCAGCAUCGCGCAUUAAGAAGCGGAAAUGUGUGAUAGUGAUGGGCUACUCCGGUGUUAACUAUUUGGGCAUGCAACGAAAUCCAGGGACGAAAACCAUCGAGGAGGAACUGCUGGUGGCAAUGCUGAAGCACAACUGGAUUAGUGAAGAGGCGUUCAACCAGCCGCAACAAAUUCAGUUCCAACGGGCAGCCCGAACCGAUAAGGGAGUAUCGGCGGCCACACAAGUGGUUUCGAUCAAGUUGCCGGAUAAUGUGGACAUUGACGCGCUGAAUAAGGAUUUGCCGGAACAGAUCAGGGUGUUUGCCGUCAAGAGAGUCACCAAGGGUUUCAACUCGAAGUCGAAUUGUGACGCGCGAACUUACACUUACACGCUUCCGACGAUGGCAUUUGCCCUGCACGAGGACAAGGUGGACAUGGAGAGCUAUCGGGUUCCGGAAGAGCGGCUCAAAGUGGUUGAGGAAACGUUAAAGCUAUUUGAGGGGACGAAGAACUUCCACAAUUUCACUAGCCGCAAAGAGUUUAUCGAUCCGUCGUCCAAACGGUUCAUCAUGUCCUUCGAGUGCGAGGCGCCAUUCGUUCCUGAGGGAUCCACGGUAGAAUUCGCUACACUGAAGAUCAAAGGUCAAAGCUUUAUGUUGCAUCAGAUUCGGAAGAUGGUUGGCCUGACGCUGGCCGUGGUUCGUGGUUUGACUCCACAGGAAACCAUCGUAAAAGCGUUCGAGGAGCAGCGAUACGGUGUUCCGACAGCACCUGGAUUGGGCCUGGUACUGAACCGGAUACACUACGAGAAGUAUAACGUCCGCUACGGCGAAGAUGGAUGUCAUGAGGCGUUGGAUUUCCAGAAAGAGGAGCAGCAGAUUCAGGAGUUCUUCCGGAAGCAUAUUGCGGCGACGAUUGUAGAGACCGAGCUGAAGACAUUUUCCAUGUUCGAGUGGCUGGAAACGCUUCCGCUGCAUAGCUACGAGCCGAGGGACGAGAACGAAACCCGGGAGUGGAAAGGUAAGCAGAAAAGUAACGAUGAAGAUGAUGAUGAUGAUGAGUAGGAACCAACCCAUCGUUUGACAAAUUAGUAGUAGAAAUCAGUAUGGAAAGUGGUUGAAUAUAAUUUGCCAACAAAAUUUACAUUUAUAUGAAA